AUGCUGAAGCAGGACGCCACUGACCGAAAUCAUAUCUUUUCCUGGUGCGCAAACCACGAGAUCCGGUGGAAGUUCAUUCCGCCACGUGCGCCUCAUUUUGGAGGCCUCUGGGAGGCUGCGGUGAAGUCCGCGAAGACCCACCUACUCAAGGAAAUUGGCAAUACGAAUCUUGCCUACGAGGACAUGCUCACCUUACUAGCGCAGGUUGAGAUGUGCCUCAAUUCGCGAUCAUUAACGCCCCUGUCCUCAGAACCAUCGGACCUGGAAGCCCUGACACCCGGUCACUUCCUGGUAGGUUCCAACCUCCAAUCCGUUCCCGAAGCAACAUUGGUCAACAUUCCCGAAAACCGGCUCAACCAUUGGGAACAAACUCAGCGCCACCUCCAACGAAUCUGGGCACGUUGGUACCCGGAAUACCUCCAGCAGCUGCAUUCCAGGGCUGUUCAAGGCUGCAAAUCACCUAGCAAAAUCGAGAUCGGACGGCUUGCCGUGAUCAAGGACGAUUGCCUACCACCCGCUCAAUGGCCCCUCGGCAAAAUUGUGAAGGUCCAUCCUGGGAAAGACGGGAUCGUCAGAGUGGUCACGCUGAAGACUGCCUCCUCGGACAACGUCGUGCGACCCGUCGUGCGGAUUGCCUUGCUACCAAUACCCAACGAUCAGUCCGAUGCAACAGUCGGAGACCAUUAG